AGGGUAAUGACAGCAACAGGGAAGAGUUCAAAGCCACUGGCCACUGCUGUUGAUCAUCAAUGAUAGACUACUCUUUCUUGUGACCCAUUCUUCAGUAAACCCAUCUGUUCUUUUUUACCCUUUUUUUCACUCCCUGCUGAUUCAUGAAAAGUUGACUUCUUUCCAAGAAAAUCACAGGUUUCUUGCUCAGUUCCCACACUGUUUUUUGCCCAGAUUUUGGAAUGUUUCACUGUUUCUUGCUAAAUCAUUAAGAAAUCACAGCUCUGUUGAUUGGUUUCAACACCUUUUAGCUGUAAUUUUGACUUCUUCUUUUCUUUUCUUUUUUUCUUGGGGAAAUAUUUAAGAGAUCCGUAUUUUGGAACUGAUUCAAGAAAGUCGAGAUGUUUACGUGGCUGUUGUUUUGAUGUUUUCUGAAUGGGAAACGUGGAUGAUAUGAUGGAGAAGACUUGCGAGUACUGCAUGUUAUUGAAGCCCGUCGUGUAUUGUAGCGCUGAUGCAGCGCAUCUGUGCCUCUCGUGUGACUCGAAGGUUCACUCGGCUAACGCUCUUUCGAGUCGUCACCCCCGCACCCUCGUGUGCGAGUCUUGCAGGUGCAACCCCGCGUUUGUUCAGUGUUCGGGUCACCGGAUGUUUAUGUGUCGUGAUUGUGACCGAAGCCAUCAUGGCCCGUCUUCCCAGCACCAGAAAAGAGUUAUCAGUAGCUAUUUCGGGUGCCCUUCCGCUAAGGAUUUGGCGGCAUUGUGGGGUUUCGACUUGAAUGAAUUGGAUUCUUCUAGUACUUUCCAGAGCCAGCUGGUUUCCACGUCGAAUAUAACCGUGGAAAGAUUCGAUGAGAGUUCAAACGUUACGAAACGAGGCUCUUUGGGAGUAUCUAAGGCUCUAAAAACGGGCAACCAGCAGGAGAGUAGUUGCCUUAUUCUGCAGCAGAUUCUUGACCUCGAAAGGCUUCAACUGACAGAAGGCAACGAGAACUCGUCUUUAAUUAGCGGUCACGUCCCGAGGGAAUCGUCAAUCAAGUGCAAGAAAGCGUUGAAUGUAAAUAAAACUUUUACUCAGAAUUUGCCUCGCUCACCUGAUCUCGCUCCUGAACUUCAAGAUUGGGCUGCUGAUCCUUUCCCAUCAGCAUUUCCGCAAUUGGAUGGAGACUCGUUUUGGCAAUGCAAAAGUCCAAUCAACAGCAGCCUGCUUUGGCCUCAAAAUAUGCAAGAUCUUGGAGUUUGUGACGAGCUUGGAUGCUUGGAUAGUUUUAACAUGCCCGACGUGGAUCUGACAUUCCACAACAUCGAAGAACUUUUCGGUAGCGAGCAAGAGCUAAAUAAAUCGCUACUUGAUAACGAUUCAUCCAUGGAUAUGUCGUGCAAUGGCUACUCAAAGAUGGUCGAGGAUGUAUCAGCAGCUUCCUCAACUUGCAAAGCCCCGUCGGGCAAUGACGAGAGAGCCAACAAUCCUUCUACGCGUGUUCAUUCUCUUCCCACAGUCAAGGAUUGCCCCCGCCCCAUUAGGCAGUCGUUUUCAACACUAUCCUUCUCUGCCUCGAGGUUUAGCAAUGAAAGCAGUGGUACUGAAUACAUGGACAGUGGACUUUCCCCGUUCGCCAAUGGACUAGAACUCUCGUGCAACUCACAUGACUCCGAGAGCUCACCCUUGGAUGACAAAGAAAACAUUUCAACACGACACAAGGGAAAGAAGAAGAUCCGUCGGCACGACAAAGAAGCUCAGUAUACUCCUCGCAGGCCUCGAUCUAGUAUAAGGAAGAAGGUAAAAGGGCAACUUAUAAAGACGGGAGGCUACGAAUCUGAUGCAGCAAAUGUAGCUAGGAGCAUUUAAAAUUACGCCUUUGAUCAUGUACAUACUCUUUCCUCGGUAAGCCAAGUACGUUCUCCAAAAGUCCCUUCUUUGUUUCUUCAUCGAAUCGUUCAUCUAUGCCUCGUGUAUAAACACUAUUCUUUUCCUAACACAAAAACAAGAAAGAAAAAGAAAAAAAAUAAAAAAACCAAAUGCAUUUUAGCUCUCUGAGGUGAAACAGUUGCCUUGCUGCUGUAUUAUACUGCUCAGUGAAUCUGUAGAUACAUUGCUAUAAUGCUUUUCCAGUGCUUAUUGUACUCUAUACAUCAUUUUCAUUUCUUGUUGGUGUUACAAGUUUUUCUGGUUUCUGAUGA